CAGAGACGUUACUCGGUGGCCAAGAUCGAUGUGCCUCAAGCAUAUGAGCAGGGCAGGCCGAAGCUUAAUGGCCUAUCAGAUCCCAGGCUGGGCACGAUGGACAGGGCCAUCAAGUGCACAACAGACGGCGCAAACCAGCAGGACUCGCCUGGAUACUUUGGCCACAUCGAGCUGGCCAAGCCAGUGUUCCACAUCGGUUGGACGAAAGAGCUGAUGAGGGUCCUGCGCUGCGUCAGCUACCACUCCUCCAAGCUUUUGGUGGACAAGGAUGAUCCCAAGUUUAAGCAGGUCAUGCGCAUCAAAAAUGGAGAGGCGCGCAGCCGAGCCCUGGUGGCAGUGUGCGGCAGCAAGCGCUUCGACGAGGAGACGGGGGCGCCGCAGCCGGCCUACAAGUUCGAGGGCCUGCUGCGCAUCAUGGCGGAGCGCAUAUUCUCCUCAGCUGACGACGAGGAUAUUGACAUGGGGGCAGAGGUGGAGCGGCGGCAGGAGAUAACGGCAGAGAAGGCGCAUGAGAUCCUCAAGCGCAUCUCCGACGAGGACUGCAUCGCGCUGGGCUACAACCCCAAAUACGCGCGGCCGGACUGGCUCGUCAUGACCGUGUUUCCGGUGCCCCCGCCCCCUGUCCGGCCCAGCGUCAUGAUGGACUCCUCUGCCAGGCAGGUCCCCGAUGACUUGACCCACAAGCUGGCGGAGAUCAUCAGGCACAACAACACGCUGAGGAAGGCGGAGGAGAAUGGGGCGCCGCAGCACAUCAUCCGGCAGUACGUGGAGGUCCUGCAGCAUGAUGUUGCCACCUACAUCGACAACACCAAGCCCGGCAUCCCGGUGUCCCAGCAGCGCAGCGGCCGCGCCAUCAAAUCCAUCAGCCAGCGGCUCAAGGGCAAGGAGGGGAGAGUGCGCGGGAAUCUCAUGGGCAAACGUGUGGACUUCUCAGCGCGCACAGUCAUCUCAGGAGACCCCAACAUCUCCAUUGAUGAGCUGGGCGUCCCCUGGUCCAUCGCUCUCAACCUCACCUAUCCCGAAACGGUCACUCCCCACAACUACAAGUGGCUGCAGCAGCUGGUGGAGAACGGGCCGCACCCGCCAGCGGGGCAGACAGGCGCCAAGUACAUCAUCCGGGAGGACGGCCAGCGGCUGGACCUGCGCUUCCUGCGCAAGGACUCUGACCGCCACCUGGAGUUUGGCUACAAGGUGGAGCGCCACCUGGUCAACGGCGAUUACGUGCUAUUCAACCGCCAGCCCAGCCUGCACAAGAUGUCCAUGAUGGGGCACAAAGUCAGGAUCCUGCCGUACUCCACGUUCCGCCUGAAUCUGUCAGUGACGUCGCCCUACAACGCCGACUUUGACGGGGACGAGAUGAACAUGCACGUGCCCCAGACCCCCGAGACGCGCACUGAGACCCGCGAGAUCAUGAUGGUGCCGCGCAACAUCGUGUCCCCUCAGGCGAACAAGCCGGUCAUUGGCAUCGUGCAAGACACGCUGCUGGGAUGCCGGCUGAUGACUAAGCGCGACACCUUCAUCGAAAAGGACCUCUUCAUGAACAUCCUGAUGUGGCUGGAGGAUUGGGACGGCAAGAUCCCCAUGCCAGCCAUCCUCAAGCCCAAGCCCCUCUGGACCGGCAAGCAGGUGUACAACCUGUUCAUGCCGCGGGUGAACAUCCGCCGCCAAUCAGCCUGGUACAAGGACAAUGAGCCCCUCGACUUUUCUCCCUCAGACUCCCAGGUCCUGAUUCAGAACGGGGAGCUGCUGACGGGGACACUGUGCAAGAAGACACUGGGAGCGAGCGCUGGAUCGCUGAUCCAUGUCAUCUGGAUGGAGGAGGGCCCCGAGGCCGCGCGUGCGUUCCUGUCGCAGAGCCAGUACACCACCAACCACUGGCUGCUGCAGCACGGCUUCUCCAUCGGCAUCGGCGACACCGUGGCCGACGCCAAGACCAUGAACAUCAUCAGCGAGACCAUCGCUGAGGCAAAAGAGAAGGUGAAGCUGUUGACGGAGAAGCUGCAGAACCGGGACCUGGAGGCGCGGCCGGGCAUGACCAUGAUGGAGUCCUUUGAGCAGCAGGUGAACCAGGUGCUCAACACUGCGCGUGACGACGCCGGGAAGCUCGCGCAGAGCUCACUGGAUGACACCAACAACGUCGUGCGCAUGGUGACCGCUGGCUCCAAGGGCUCCUUCAUCAACAUCUCCCAGAUGAUUGCCUGCGUGGGGCAGCAGAACGUGGAGGGCAAACGGAUACCCUUCGGCUUCCAGAGACGCACGCUGCCGCACUUCACGAAGGACGACCUGGGCCCUGAGUCGCGCGGCUUUGUGGAGAACUCCUACCUGCGCGGCCUGACCCCGCAGGAGCUGUUCUUCCAUGCCAUGGGCGGCCGCGAGGGGCUGAUUGACACGGCUGUCAAGACCUCCUCAACUGGCUACAUCCAGCGCCGCCUGGUCAAGGCCAUGGAGGACCUUAUGAUCAAGUAUGAUGGCACGGUGCGCACAGCGAAUGGGAGCGUGGUGCAGUUCCUGUACGGUGAGGACGGCAUGGACGGCACUGCCAUCGAAAGCCAGAAGCUGGAACACCUGCGCAUGACCGAGGAGAAGUUCAGGAACAAGUUCUACCUGGACGUGUCUCCUGGCAGGGGCACGCCCGACUGGCUGGACCCUGAGACGGCUGAGCAGCUGCGCCAUAGCGUGGAGGCCAGGCAGCUUCUGGAUGCAGAGUAUGAGCAGCUGGAGACAGAUCUGAAGACGCUGCGCACAGAGGUCAUGCGCACGGGGGAUGCCGGCGUGCAGCUGCCUGUCAACUUCAAGCGCCUGAUCUGGAACGCGCAGCAGAUGUUCCACUGCCACCCGCACCGCCCAGGAUCCUCAGGCCUGAACCCGGUGGAGGUGGUCAUGCGUGUUCGGGAGCUUCAGCAGAAGCUGAUAGUGGUGGACGGCCCGGACGAGCUAUCGCAGGAGGCGCAGCGCAACGCCACGCUGCUGUUCCUCUCCUUCCUGCGCGCCACCUUCGCCUCCAAGCGCGUCAUCCGCGACUACAAGUUCAAUCGCGAGGCCUUUGACUGGAUCCUGGGCGAGAUCGAGACCCGCUUCCAUGCAGCGCUUGCGUACCCGGGGGAGAUGAUCGGCACGGUGGCGGCGCAGUCCAUCGGCGAGCCCACGACGCAGAUGACGCUCAAUACGUUCCACUUUGCCGGUGUGUCCGCCAAGAACGUCACGCUGGGCGUGCCGCGGCUGACCGAGAUCAUCAACAUCGCCAAGAACAUCAAGACGCCCUCGCUCACCGUGUUCCUGCUCGGGGAGGCCUCGCGCGACCGUGAGGCUGCCAAGCAGGUGCAGUGCAGCCUGGAGUACACCACGCUCCGCAAGGUCACUGGUGCAACAGAGAUCUACUAUGAUCCUGAUCCUACGACGACGGUGAUCGACGAGGACCGGGAGUUUGUGGAGAAUUACUUUGAGAUGCCGGAUGAGGACAUGGACGUGAACCGCAUGUCGCCCUGGCUGCUGCGCAUCGAGCUCAACCGCGACAUGAUGGUGGACAAGAAGCUGUCCAUGUCUGACAUCGCCGAGCGCAUCAACUCCGAGUUUGAAGACGAGCUCACCUGCAUCUUCAACGACGACAAUGCCCCCAAGCUCAUCCUGCGGAUCCGCGUGCUGAACGAUGAGGGCGGCAAGGAGGCAGAGGCGCAGUCGGAGACGGACGAUGUGUUCCUGAGGAAGAUCGAGGCCACGAUGCUGUCCCAGGUUGCGUUGCAAGGCAUACCGGACAUCCACAAGGUGUCCCUGCGCGAGUCCAAGCGCAUCGUGCCGAGCUCCGAUGCCCCAGACGGCUACACCAACGAUAGCGAGUGGGUGCUCGACACGGAGGGCGUCAACCUGUCAGAGGUGAUGUGCCACCCGGACGUGGACUACCGGCGCACGAUCAGCAACCACCUGGUGGAGAUCAUAGAGGUGCUGGGCAUUGAGGCCGCGCGCAAUGCGCUGCUCAAGGAGAUGCGCGGCGUCAUCGAGUUUGACGGCUCCUACGUCAACUACCGCCACCUGGCAGCGCUCGUGGACUCCAUGACCAGUCGCGGCCACUUCAUGGCCAUCACCCGCCACGGCAUCAACCGACAGGAGAACGGGCCCCUCGCACAGUGCUCCUUCGAGGAGACCGUCGACAUCCUGUUCAGGGCGGCGGCCUUCUCUGAGAAGGACCACAUGACGGGGGUGAGCGAGAACAUCAUGCUGGGCCAGCUGGCGCCGCUGGGCACGGGCAGCUUUGGCCUCAUGCUGGACGAGUCCAAGCUGGCAGACGCCAUCGAGCUGGAGUUUGACGCGCUGGGGCGCACGCCCGGCAUGAUGACACCUGGCAGGAUGACCCCCAGUCGCAUUGCGUCGCCUGGCUACUCGCCCACCAGCCCGGGAUAUUCGCCCACGUCCCCGGGCUAUUCGCCCACCUCCCCUGCUUACUCGCCGACCUCCCCUGGCUACAGCCCCACCAGCCCCGCCUACUCGCCAACCUCCCCAGGUGUGUAUGCUGCUGAUAACUUAAUUGCAUGUGUGUGCCACAGGCUAUUCGCCCACAUCGCCGGCAUACAGCCCAACGUCUCCGGCCUACUCGCCAACAAGCCCGGCCUACUCGCCCACAUCGCCGGCUUACUCUCCCACGAGCCCAGCAUAUUCACCCACAAGCCCCGCCUACUCCCCGACGAGCCCGGCCUACUCUCCGACGAGCCCGGCAUACUCACCGACGAGCCCGGCCUACUCGCCCACAAGUCCGGCGUACUCGCCAACCUCGCCGGCAUACAGCCCAACCAGCCCCUCCUAUAG